AUGGCGGUGGAUAAUUUUAUUGGAGGAGAAGGGCGGUAUUGUCUAUCUGCGGGUUUAAUUAUUUGGUUUCAAGAAACAGGUAUACAUAACACGCGAAGACUUCUCAGUGUCGAAAAACAAGUUGCAAUCGCUUUAAGAAGAUUAGCAUCUGGUGAAUCUCAAGUUUCAGUAGGAGCAUCAUUCAAUGUUGGACAAUCAACAGUUUGUCAGUUUACGACAAGAGAUGUAGAAAUAUUCAAAGGUGGCGCUGUAAAGGAAUCCCAAUACUUCAAAAGAGAAGUUCUUGAAAAAGGAUUACCAGGAAAAGGGAAAAUAACUUGUGAUACGGAAUUAUUUGGUGCCAAAAGAUUUUUAAUAUAUGUUGAACCCGUUUUCAGCGAAGAUGGAGAGAAAAUUGGUGUAAAUUACAUGGGCAUGGAAAUCACUGAUCAGAUAAAAAGGAGAGAAAAUAUGGCAAAACUCUGGGAAGAAAUAGCCGUGUAG